AACAUUCCUUGCUCCAACUCCCUUCUGCUCCUCACACUCUCAUUCUCUCCCUCUCUCUCUCUCUCUCUCUUCUUUCAUCUUUCAAACUCUCCUCAAAACUGAACCGUCACCUUCACAUCUCGCGACGGUUACUAAAAUCUCUCUAAACCGUCGCCAAAAACCAUGGCUAAAACCACAGCAACCAACACCGGUCUCUGGCCACCGUCGCACUUCCUCGCCGGCGAACACACCGACGCCGCCUUCUGCUUCCCCCCGGAGUUCCCCUACGAGUUCGGCGUCUCCUCGCCGUCGACGGAGACCGAGAGCAGCAGCGACGAGGAGGCUGAGGAUUUCCUCGCUAGCCUCACCCGGCGACUGAGCCAGUCGUCGCUGUACGAAGCUCGGAAGCAGCAGCAGCAGCAGCAGCAACUCGCUUCUUCCACCGCCGCCAAGAUGAUGCGAGUCUCCGCCGGGUCGCCUCAGUCCACGCUGAGCGGAAUCGGUAGCUGGUCCGGUCGCAGCAGCGACGGUAGCCCCAACGGUCAGUCCCGUGUUCCUUCCCCUCAAACGACGCCGUUUGCUGAUCCCUGGGAGGUCCUCUACGCCGCCGCCGGCGAAGUUGCGAGGUUGAAGAUGAAUCGCUGUGCCUCACACUUCGAUCUUCACAACACUUCACUUGUUCGCCCUGCUUCUAACAAGUUCUCAAACCCUAAUCUCAACCAGGUUCAUCAACAAGUGAACCAGAAUCAACAGUGUGCUUCUUCUUCCAUUUGGGGAAGGUCACAAGCCAAGCCCAACUGGGUGGUUCAGCAGCAACAGCAUCAGCUGCAGAUGCUUCGUCACGAGAAUGGAAAAUGCAACCACCCUCUGUCUACGCCACAAACCGCCUGGCCAGCACCGCAGAAACCCCAAACCCAACGGGUUCAGUAUGGCGGAUCCGGGUCCCGGGUUGCGGUUCCGGGUGGGUCUUCUGCGAAAAAGGGGUGUGGUGGAACUGGGGUGUUCUUGCCUCGGCAUUAUGAUGCCCCUGUUGAGCCUCGUAAGAAAACUGGUUGUGCUCCUGUUAUGCAACCACACAAGGUGGUUCAUGCUAUGAACCUGAACAUUGAUGACCUUAAUGCAACUAGCCAACAGCGCUUGUCAAAUGCUUUCAUCACAGAUUAUGAGGCCUUGUUAGCAAGGAGAAACGCUCUUCUCAUGCAGCAGAGACUAAACAUGCGGAGGGAAGAGAUAGCAGCCAACUAUGAAGUUCGUCUACCUCAGGAAUGGACUUACUGAAACAGGGGAAAUGGGGAAUGUUCAACUUUGCUGGAGAAGAAUGUAGAAUUUGCAGUGAUUAGCCAUGAUGAUGUUUUGGUUUUAACUUUUAAACAAGAGAUGAAUGAAAUUAAAGUAUGUGUGGUUAGUUUAGUUGUAAUAAAAUAUCCAGGUUUUUUUAAGGAAGAAGGAUUACAGCUUUUGGGAUCUGGUUUUAGCUUUAGAAGUAUAGUGAAAGAAUAGCAGUUUAGGGAAGGAUUAUAAUGGAGUAUUAUAUUAUAAGUUGUAAUAAGAUAAGUGGGUUAUUUUCUGUAAUGUUUUGAUGGGAGAAGGUUGAAGGUAUGGGCCUAUGGGGGGUAAUAGUUCCCAUAGGUUCAAAGUCAAGCUUACAAGUAAAGUGUUGUCAGAGUAGUGGGUUACCCAUACCUUUGUAUAAUCCUUGCUCAUUAUGGUAUAUAGUAUUUAAUAAGUUAUUAUUCCUUUAAACA